UCACCGACUCUGAUGUCCUUGUAAACCUUUAAAUGAAGAUAGUCCUUUGAACAGUUGGUGGUCCUUUAAUCUCAACAGAGGAGAGCCAGGUUUAAUAUCCCACAUCCCAUAAUCCAUUGCGUAGUUCCAACGGAGCCGUGUGUCGGCGAAUCUUUGCUGUGUAACAUAUCUGAACGCGAGCUGCUGGUAGCUUGACUCUGCAAAGACAGAGAGGCGACCGACCGGCGGGGGAGGCACAGGACAGGACAGGGGGAGUCAAGGCUGUGUCCCGUAUUUGGAAUAAGCGAGACAAGACAACCACGGCUGACCCUCUCGCCGCGUGACCAAGACGAAACUUCAAAGGUUAAACCAGACGAUUUUUUAAAAGGAACUUUCAACGAAGCUUUCAAACUAAGGUAGACGUUUGUAGUUUCUGGACCGAGAAUGGGAUUUAGAGAGAAUACGUGCUGUCAGUGAGUUGCGAAAAACCAGGACUAUCUCUCCGUCGGAUGCAAAGAACACGAGUCAUUUGAAAAGGAUUGAAUUUUUGACUUUCUUUGUAUGUAACUCGCUGGCGAGCUAGCUGGCUAAGCUAGCGAGCUGCUAACUAAGCCUGUGUCGCCCUUCCAUUCCUGGAGCAGAGGAGGGGCGGCUGUGCUUUGUAGCAUUGCAGAUCUGCAUUUUCGGGUCGCUGCAAGAAUGGGGGAUCGCGGAAAUCUACAACAAGAAGACGCCAGGAUCCACUAAACCGCCGUCACUUGCUGUAGAUUAUUAUUAGCCCGCAGAGGCGACUGAAAACCGCAACACUAGGUCGGGAUUUUGCACAUAUCACCCGGCCCGGGGCAGCUCGGGUCUGAAACUGUGUUUUUUUUUUAUGUUGACUAGUUCCUGAAAUGGGCUUUAUGUCCAAUCCCUCCUAGAUGCUGGAUGUCGGAGGAACGAUCAUGAACACGUACAUGAAUUAGCCUCAGCUGAAGUUUUAUUAUUGUUUGUUUUAUUCAAGAGUUCGAUAAGUUGUUUAAGGGGCGCCCUUAAACAGGCCGAGGGGGGUGUCUGCUCAUCCACCACCACCUCCUCAGAUCACCAUUACAUCGAAGGCCAACUAAGGAAUAAUCAUGUCGGGAGAGGUGCGUUUGAAGAAGCUGGAGAAGCUGAUUCUGGACGGUCCGGUCCAUUCCACCGGCCAGUGUCUGAGCGUGGAGACCUUGCUGGACAUCCUGGUGUGUCUCUACGAUGAGUGCAACAACUCCCCGCUCAGGAGAGAGAAGAAUAUUCUGGAGUUUUUGGAUUGGGCAAAACCCUUUACUUCCAAAGUGAAGCAGAUGCGCCUGCACAAAGAAGACUUUGAGAUCUUAAAAGUGAUUGGACGAGGAGCCUUUGGAGAGGUUGCAGUGGUGAAGGUUAAGAACACAGACAAGGUGUUUGCCAUGAAAAUUCUCAACAAGUGGGAGAUGCUGAAGCGAGCUGAGACUGCUUGUUUUCGGGAAGAGCGUGAUGUUCUAGUAAACGGGGACUGCCAGUGGAUCACCACCUUGCACUAUGCCUUCCAGGACGACAAUAACCUGUACCUGGUCAUGGACUACUACGUUGGUGGUGACCUGCUCACACUGCUUAGUAAAUUUGAGGAUCGACUUCCAGAGGAUAUGGCCAAAUUCUACCUGGCUGAAAUGGUUCUGGCCAUUGACUCCAUCCACCAGCUCCACUACGUCCACAGGGAUAUCAAGCCAGACAAUAUUCUGUUGGAUAUGAACGGACACAUCCGUCUGGCUGACUUUGGCUCCUGUCUCAAGCUCAUGGAAGAUGGAACGGUCCAGUCCUCUGUGGCAGUCGGAACCCCAGACUAUAUCUCCCCUGAGAUCCUCCAGGCUAUGGAGGAUGGGAAGGGCAAGUAUGGACCUGAGUGCGACUGGUGGUCCCUGGGAGUCUGCAUGUAUGAAAUGCUAUACGGAGAGACCCCCUUCUAUGCAGAGUCCUUGGUGGAGACCUAUGGCAAAAUCAUGAAUCACAAGGAGCGCUUCCAGUUUCCACAGCAAAUCACAGAUGUUUCAGAGGAUGCGAAAGAUCUGAUUCGGCGGCUCAUUUGCAGUCGUGAGCACCGACUAGGACAGAACGGCAUCGAGGACUUCAAGCAGCAUCCCUUCUUCACGGGUAUCGAUUGGGACAACAUCCGCACGUGUGAAGCCCCAUACAUCCCAGAGGUCAGCAGUCCCACAGACACGUCCAACUUUGAUGUAGACGACGACUGUCUGAAAAAUUCAGAGACAAUGCCCCCUCCCUCACACACUGCCUUCUCUGGCCAUCAUCUGCCCUUUGUUGGCUUCACCUACACCAGUAAAUGCACUAUCUCCGACCGAGGCUGCCUGAGACAGCUGGCAGUCCAGCCAGGGAAGACGGGGCAGGAUCAGGUUGAUGUGGAAGUACAGCGCAGCUUAGAGGACAGUCUCGCCACAGAAGCCUAUGAGAGAAGAAUUCGUCGCUUAGAGCAGGAAAAACUAGAGCUCAGUCGUAAACUUCAAGAGUCGACCCAGACAGUUCAAGCGCUGCAGCACACUACAGGCGAAGGUCCAGUCAGCCCAAACAAAGAAGUGGAGAUCAAAAGUCUCAAGAGUGAAAUCGAUAUUCUCAAGAAGCAGAUUGCUGACUCUGGCCAUCUGGAGAAAAAGCUUGAGGAUGUCUCGCUGGCUCGCCGGGAUCUGGAGGACUCAUCCAAAGUUAUUAAAAAUUUAGAGAAACAAAUAAGGGGCCUAACACAGGACAAGGAUGAUUUACAGAAGAACCUUCUGGACACCAACGAGAAGAUGAAGUCUCAAACAAAAGAGCUUAAGGAAGCACACAGUCAGAGGAAACUGGCCAUGCAAGAGUUUUCAGAACUCAACGAGAGACUCACAGAUCUCAGGUCGGCAAAGCAACGUCUGACUCGGCAGCUGCGAGACAAAGAAGAGGAGGUGGAGACUCAGUCACAGAAAGUUGAGGCACUGCGUCUGGAGGUGCGCAAGGUGGAGAGAGCUAAGAAAGAGGUGGAGGCUCUGUCAGAAGAGCACGCUGCUGAAGCCCAGAAAGAGAGGAAACUGAGGGAGCGCAAUGAGCAGUAUAGCAGACAGCUGGAGGAAGAGUUGGAAGGAUUGAAGGUAUGUACACCUGUCAAGCUUUAUCAUAUAUGUUUUCAGAGUGAUAUAGGACUUUUUCCUUCUCAGUUGAAGCAGGCAGGCUCUUCCAUCACACCUGCUUCUGCGGACCAGUCCCAGGAAAUGGGUCGCUUACGUGGAGACCUGGAGAAGAAGACGGUCCUGUAUGAGGAGGAGCUGGCCCGCAGGGAGGCACAGCACAGCAACGAGCUGAAGACCCUUCGCAAAGAGCUGCGUGAUGCUGAGAGUCAGCACCUUGCCCUGCAGAAAGAAAUCCUGGUGCUCAAAGACAAAUUGGACAAGACCCGAAGAGAGAGCCAAAGUGAACGAGAAGAGUUUGAGACUGAGUACAAACAGAAGUAUGAGAGGGAAAGAGUGAUGCUCACUGAAGAAAACAAGAAGUUGUCCAGUGAACUAGAUAAGCUGACAAGCAUGUUUGAGAAGUUGAACAGCUCCAACCGGCAACUGGAGGAUGAGAUGAGAGAGCUGGCUGACAAAAAGGAGAGCGUCGCUCACUGGGAGGCCCAGAUCACAGAAAUCAUCCAGUGGGUGAGUGAUGAGAAGGACGCUCGAGGCUACCUGCAGGCUCUCGCAACUAAGAUGACGGAGGAGCUGGAGGGACUGAGGAACACUAGCCUGGGAGCCCGAGCCACGGACAUGCCUUGGAAGAUGCGGCGUUUCGCCAAGUUAGACAUGUCGGCCCGUUUGGAGCUUCAGUCGGCUCUGGACGCUGAGAUCAGGGCCAAGCAGACCAUUCAGGAUGAACUCAACAAGGUCAAGGCCACCAGCAUCUCCACAGAGUGCAAACUGCAGGAGGUGGAGACCAAAAACCAGGAACUCCUUGCUGAGAUUGACAGGCUGAAAAAGGAGGCGGAGGAGAUGAAGCUGCGCAGAGGUGUCAAGCACCAGGAUUCCCAGAAUUCCUUCCUGGCUUUUCUCAAUGCCCCCACCUCAGCGCUCGACCAGUUUGAUCGCUCGCCAUCCGUCGGGCCGGGUAGCAAAGGCAGACGUGUGGAGUCCAUGGAUAAUUUCACUCCUUCCAAUACCCCGUCCCGGGAAGAUGACCCCAAGUUCCACCUUAAGUCUCGCUCACGGUCGCCCUCCAUGGCCAGUGAUAUGGAGCCCAUAGAGUUAAUAGAUCAUCCUCGGUCCGUUCAGACCCCCACCAUGCGCUCCGGAGGAUAUGGCAGCAUCGGCCGGUCCUCUCCCAAGCCUAAAGCCCAUCAGUUUGUUGUUAAGAGUUUCAACACGCCCACCAAGUGUAACCAGUGCACCUCGCUCAUGGUGGGACUCAUUCGCCAAGGCUGCACCUGUGAAGUGUGCAAUUUUUCGUGCCACGUCACGUGUGCAGACAAAGCUCCAGCUGUGUGUCCGGUCCCCCAGGAUCAGACCAAGGGCCCGCUGGGCAUCGACCCUCAGAGAGGCAUUGGCACUGCGUAUGAAGGGCAUGUCAGGGUUCCCAAACCAACUGGGGUGAAGAAGGGCUGGCAGAGAGCGUUAGCUGUGGUCUGUGACUUCAAACUCUUCCUGUAUGAACUCGGGGAAGGAAAGGCCUCGCCGCCGAGUGUAGUCGUGAGUCAAGUCAUAGAUAUGAGGGAUGAAGAAUUUUCCGUCAGCUCUGUUCUGGCUUCUGACGUGAUCCACGCCAACCGCAAAGACGUCCCCUGCAUAUUCCGAGUGACAGCCUCCCAGCUGUCUCCCUCCAGCAGCAACAAGACCUCCAUCCUGAUUCUGGCCGACAGCGACCAGGAGAGGAACAAGUGGGUGGGUCUGCUCAACGAGCUCCACCGCAUCCUCAAGAAGAACAAGCUCAAGGAGCGAUUCGUCUACGUUCCCAAGGAGGCUUACGACAGCACGCUGCCGCUCAUCAAGACCACACAGUCCGCUGCUAUCAUCGACCACGAGCGGGUCGCCCUGGGCAACGAGGAAGGCCUUUUUGUCGUCCACGUCACCAAAGACGAGAUCGUUCGGGUCGGGGACAACAAGAAGGUGCAUCACAUCGACUUGAUCCCUCAGGAGCAGCUGCUGGCUGUCAUCUCGGGUCGGAACCGCAACGUCCGUCUCUUCCCCACCCAAGCGCUGGACGGCCGGGAGAUAGAUUGCUUCAAGAUGGCCGACACCAAGGGCUGCCAGUCCAUUGUGUCCGGCACAGUCCGGAAUGGCUCUCUGACCUGUCUCUGCGUGGCCAUGAAGAGACAAAUCAUUUGUUUUGAGGUGAAUAAAAGCAAGGCUCGUCACCGUCGUCUGCGGGAGAUCCAGGCUCCUGGACAAGUCCAGUGGAUGGGUCUUCUCAGUGAGCGUCUCUACGUGGGCUAUCAGUCCGGCUUCUCCCGCUACAGCGUCCACGGUGACACUUCUCCUGUCAGCCUGCUGCACCAGGAGGACCACACGCUGGCCUUCAUCCCGCAGCAGAACCUGGAUGCUUUGUGUGCUGUGGAGAUCUCCAGCAAGGAGCUGCUGCUCUGCUUCAGCUCCAUUGGGGUCUAUGUGGACUCUCAGGGCCGCCGGUCCCGCCAGCAGGAGCUGAUGUGGCCCGCAAUACCCAAUGCCGCCUGCUACAACGCCCCCUACCUGUCCGUGUACAGCGAGAAUGCAGUGGAUGUGUUCGAUGUAAACACCAUGGAGUGGAUCCAGACGAUUCCUCUGAAAAAGGUGCGUCCGCUGAAUGUCGACGGCUCGCUGAACCUUUUGGGUCUGGAGACGGUACGGCUCAUCUACUUCAGGAACAAGAUGGCUGAGGGCGACGAGCUGGUUGUCCCGGAGACAUCAGACAACAGCAGGAAGCAGAUGGUGCGCAGCAUGAACAACAAGAGACGCUUCUCCUUCAGAGUACCUGAAGAGGAGCGACUCCAGCAGAGGAGAGAGAUGCUGCGAGACCCGGAGAUGAGGAACAAGCUGAUCUCGAACCCGACCAACUUCAACCACAUAGCUCACAUGGGGCCCGGAGACGGGAUCCAGAUCCUCAAAGACCUCCCCAUGGAGACCCGCGCAGGCUUCAGCGGCUCUGUCAGCAUCCCCUCCAUCACCAAGAACCGGGCCGAGCCGGGGCGCUCCAUGAGUGCCAGCAGCGGACUGGGCAUACGCACAGGCUCCUCCUCUCAGAACGGCAGCGCCCUCCGCAGGGAGCUGUCGGGCGGCAGCUACGGAUCGAAGCGCCAGACCAUGACCUCGCCCUCCGAGAGCUCCUUGUCCUCUGGCGGCGGCAUGGACUGCGGCGACGCGCCACUCUCACAGUUCGACAGAGAGUGGCAGGCCGUCUCACCGUCGGAGAAGACCCCCGAUCUGAAAAGGGCUUUAAGGACCCUGCUUAGUAAGAUGAAGGACUCGGACUCCCCCCGACACUCCACGGCCUCCAACAGCUCCACCUUCAGCAGCCCACCCAGCCCCGCCUCCCCCCACAAGACCAAGUCUCUGUCCCUGGAGAGCACAGACCGGAUGGGCUGGGACACAUGAGUCCCCCCCCACCCCAGCACAGCCUCCGCCACGCUUCCCCCUAAAGAAGAAGAAAAAAAAAAAAGAGAAUCUCCCGUCACUGCCCAGAGAACUGCACCGCCUGCCCACUGCUGCCCCCUGCUGAACACUCUUCCCACUGCGUCCCCUGGGCGCUGACUUCCUCUCGCAGAUUUUGGGGCCUAGAGAUGCUCGAGGCUGUGUGUGUGUGAGUGUUUGCGUUCGCCAGCGUGUGUGUGUGUGUGUGUGUGCGUGCAUGUGUGCUUCAUAGGAACAAGAGCCCCCCAGCAACCCCCUGACUCUUUUUGGUCACGUGACUCCUGGAAAAAAAGAGGAUAUUGGUGGAAGAGAUUUGUACUUGUACAUAGGAGCCUCAUGGUUUUAGGGGACAAUAUUUUAAUUUAUUUAUCAGUCUUAGUUACGGUAAGGGAGGCUUUCUUUCUCGGGGCCCUUCCCCUCGUUUCGACCCCUGGCUUCCUCCUUUCGGGUGUCACGCUGAGAAAACUUUAAAAUGUAUGGGAAAAAAAGCAAGGAUUUUCAAGUGCAGUGACUUUAUAAGAUUUUCAGCAAAAAGCUAUGGAACAGCAGGUGACGUCCUCCGUCAGAGCAACAGCGCCCUCUAGAUGUUUGCUGUACAACCAAACCCCUCCCCCCUGCCACAAUAAUGUAAAUAAGUUGAAAGUAGAGAGUAAUAUAUGACGCUAUGAACUCUGAGGCAGACAAAUAUCCUCUGUGACUCCUUUUCUUUUGCGUGAGUUUGGGGUUUGUUUCUAUGAUUAUUAUUCACGAGAAGCCAUUUUAAACCACUUUAGUUGGAUUUGAAUUUGUUUUGGGUUUUUUUUUUCAUGUACAACACAAGUCGUGUGGUUUUAGUUUCUCCCCACUUUAUCGAGUGAAGAGUGCGCGUGGAUGGACACUACUGCCGUGAACACUUCUGUCACACAGUUUGACACACUGAGCUCGUGUUCUCCACUUUAUGCCUUUUAUCUUCCCGUGCUCCCCACAUCGGCUCCGGUUCCUCUGCCGGACCGGUCGUAACCAAAAACACUAAAAGAGGGAAACUUUCCGCAGCUGUCGGUGACGAAAUGCAGAAUGUAACUCACUAAGGAGCAAGAUUUUUGAGUCCAUGUCGGGUUUUUACCUCUGCUAAAUCAAGUCUUAAAUCCAUGUCGGAGUUUACCUCCGCUCUUUAAAAACACUAAGAGGAAUCUACAAAUGCCUCCUGGAUCCAUGUUCCAAGUCUGGGUCAGGUUUCACUUUGACUGACCUAAUGUUAGAUAAAUCUGGUAAAUACUCUGGAAUCCAUGUCUGAUUUUGCGUGUGAUUCACUGAUGCCAAACACUAGGUGUAUUACUUCAGUUUGAUCUGAGUUUACGCUGAUAAAUUAUGCGUCCAUGCUGGGUUUCACUCGGCGAGAUUUUAUUCAAUCCAUUACUGGUUUUACCGUUGCUCUACCGUUAUCUUGAAGAUGGAUCUGAAAUCUGUUCCAGGUUUUACUGUUGGCUGUACUUUACGAACCUGGUGAAGGCCGUCUGAUAUGUGUCGGGUUUUACUUUUAGUUGUACUACAAAAAGAUGAAUCCAGUAAAUAUUCCUAACUUCACGGCAGGUUUUACUUUUACUGCACUUGUGUUUAAAUCCUGCGGAUGCUCAGAAAUCCAUGACAGGUUUUACUGUAAGGUAUUUGUUUCCGUUUAGCUGUGAUUAAACUGUAAAAUGAUCGAGCCUGGAUCCACACCAGGUUUUACUUCAUCCCAGUUAACACGGAUUUAAACUCGCCUUGAACCCAACUAUCUCUUUAUCAUUCGUUCUCUGUAGAAUACUCUGGUUAGAAAGGGAACCAUCUUCUGGGGAUCAUUCCGGCCGAGCUCCACUAACUCAUUCCGAGUGUUUUUACUUUCCAACUAUUCCACUUUGUACGAGGGUGAAGCGUCGCAGCGGGUUGUAAUUUCCGAACUGGAGCGAGAGUCUCCUGGAGCCCGCGUUAAAGCUGGUUGAAGAAACUCAGGAAACAGUGGGAGGCGGAGCAGGGGGGGAAGAAAACGGGUCGACAGAAGGCUCCAGGAGCGACAUGGCGACGAAAUCUCUUGUCAAACUCAAACGCCUUCGCAUUUCACACGUUCUCUCGGAAACCUCUGUCAUAUCGUGCUUCACUUUUGUUUUCUAGCUUUGUAAUAAUUUGUACAGUUUUGCAUGUUAUAGAUGUAAUCAUUUGUUUUUUUUUCGGUUUGUUUUAUUUGGACUUGCUUUCUCUUUUUUUAACGGUUUUGGGUGUUUCAUGAGGAUAACCCACUACAGGUGAUGUAGAUUCCUUUUGCACAAGAAUAUUUAAGGUGUAAGGUCAAAACAAAAGCGAUGUAAUGAAACUGGCUGCCGCACUCGUGCGGACAGAGCUCAUAUUAACCCGACUCCGAUGUAUUUCAAUAAAGCGGAGGGCUGUUACCACUCGUCUGUCCUUCUUUUAU